AUGAGCUCACCGCAAGUCUCUCAUCACACCCUAAACGCAGCGUUCAAGGGCACUGCGCGCAAAAUUGGCGAAACUGCUAUCCACCAAUUCCGAGGAAUAAAAUAUGCCAGUGUUCCCGCCAGAUUUGAGCCUGCCGAACCUGUAGAUAACUUCAAUGGAGCAUCUGUCGAUGCCACUCAGUACGGGCCGCGAUGUCCUCAGGCAACUGUAGAUGUGCGCCACUUGUUGCGGAUCCCUGAAGAUUUUGAAAUUCCGGAUGAGCCUGAGGACGAAUUCGAAUGUCUUAAUCUGGACAUCACAUGUCCGCCUUUGUCGGCCAUUUCGGGGCCCCUUCCCGUUUUGAUCUGGAUCCAUGAUCCGGCCAGGCUUGUAGCUGAUUCCAUUGAGGCCAACCAGCCCAUGAUCGUUGUUUCCAUCAAUUAUCGACUCAACAUCUUCAGCUUCGGAGAUGGAAAAGAGAGGAAUCUUGCCCUCAAGGAUCAGAGAAUGGGGAUUGAUUGGGUGAGGAAGAAUAUCGCCGCUUUUGGGGGCAAUCCGGACAAUAUCACUCUUUCCGGUGAAAGCGCAGGUGCCGUUUAUGUUCAUGCACAUCUGAUCACUGGCCCCCCCGUAAAGAGGGCCGUUUUAGCAUCUGGAUCCCUUUACCUCUCGUCUCCAUUGCCUGUGGAGCGCGGCAAUGGACUUAUCCAGGUCUUACAGACGAAGGUUAAGGAGCUGGGACAGCCAUCUCUUCGUGAGGCCUCGGUCUCUGCUCUCAUACAAGCACUAAAGGAGUGCAAUGUGAACACGAUGUGGAUCCAGGAGGAGCCAGGGCUUGAGAACUGGGAAACCAAGCCAGAACAGGUCGACGAGCUUAUGAUAGGUGACACAGAAUAUGAGUCCGUUAUCUGGAGGAACGGGGUAGAAACACUAGACGGGGAGACGAUUACUGCUGCCUUUGAACAAGACAAGGAAUGGGGUGCCAAACUGCGAAAGCUGUACCAAGUGGUCGCCGACCGCCCUACAGCCUGUAAGCUGGGUGCUUUGGAUCUAGUCAAUGACAUUCGCUAUACACUCCCUGUUGAGGUCAUUUCUGAAAAGCUUGCGGCAGCCAACAAGAGAGUGUAUAGGUAUGUUUUUGACCAAGCCAACCCAUGGCAAGCAUCCAGCCGUGCUCAUCAUGCUGUUGACCUUCUCUAUCUAUUCGCUGGUGUUGAUUUGUCCUUUAACCCGACUGCGGAAAUGGUGAGUCAAGAGACAAGGAAACGCUGGAUUCGAUUUGUCAGUGGCAGUAGCCCCUGGUCUUCAGAGCAAAGAUUUGCCUUCGGACCAGUUGGGGAUUGCAAAGAAAUAUCGGAGGCGCAGUUUGCGGGUCGGAGACGAGUAAAUCAUCUCAAGGUGCUGAAAGAGGCUGGAGUGGGUGUGUAUAUGCCUAUCGCUACUGCCUUGACGGCAGGGAAGAUUAGUCUUUUGAACUGAGAAAACAAAAGAAUCAACAAUGAAGGAGUUGAUACGUGAUCGGGUAGGUGGAGACCACAGCGCCG